AAGAGUCUUGGCAAAACCUUGACGAAAAUGGCCGUCCUCUCUCCAACCUUCGCACUUCAUCUCUUUCCCCCUGAUCAGCCCCUCUCUCUCUCUCUCUCUCUCUCUCUCUCUCUCUCUCAUCUCCAUUCGUUCUUCGUCUUCUUCCACACGAACACCAGCUGGAGAAAAAGCCUCAACCUUUGUUCACACCCACGCGCACUCGUCUCGCCCCUCCUCUCACGCUCCCUCUCUCUCUCUGGCCUUAUAACUUGGUUUUGUUUUUAAGCUCCUCCCUCCAAUACGUGCAUCUGCUAGUUGUCUCCGCCUGCUCCCACAGCUUGGAUCCCCUCUCUUUCUUUUGACUGUUCACCCCGUUCCUCGUCGGGGUUGCCGGUUCUUGCUUGCUUUCUUGCUGUUUCGGCUGCGGCGAAUCGAUCGCGAUCGACGAGCUCUGGGGUGCUUUGUUUGGGAAACGAUGAAUUUGGGUUGGAUAUUUGGUUUAAUGUGUUUUUUUUUUUUAAUACCCUUUUUAUGGGCUGUGUUCGUAGUGGGAGGAGUGUCCGAAAUUGAGCGAUUUCAGCAUGUGGCGGUAGUAAAUUGAGGUACUACUGUCUGUUUGCGGAAUUCGGAAGUCUUCUUCGUGGGGAUGGAGCUGUGGAAUCGAGUUUUGAGCCUUGGAGCGGCGGGGUUUCUCUGGGCCUUGCUUAUUUGCUGUGUGAUCGAUUGCCUCGAGACUGAUAUUAACUGCUUGAAAACCAUAAAAGCUUCUGUUCAAGAUCCCCUGAAUUACUUGAACUAUUCGUGGAAUUUCGACAACAGCACCGAAGGCUUCAUAUGUCGAUUCACUGGAGUUGAGUGCUGGCAUCCUGAUGAGAACAGGGUUCUCAAUCUGAAGUUUUCCGAUAUGGGACUCAAGGGCCAGUUUCCUCGCGGCAUCGAGCAGUGCAAAAGCUUGACAGGAUUGGAUCUCUCAAACAAUGAGUUCUCUGGACCAAUCCCGGACAAUAUAUCCAAUAUAACUCAGUUUGCAACAUCUCUCGACCUGUCAUCCAAUAGUUUUUCCGGACAAAUCCCAGUGAGCCUUUCGAAAUGUGGCUACUUAAAUUCCCUUAGGCUCGACCACAACCAGUUGUCCGGUCAGAUUCCGCCUGAACUCAGCCUACUUGGUCGACUCAAAUCAUUUAGCGUGGCCAGCAACCUUCUGACGGGGCCAGUCCCCACAUUUGGCCCUAAUGCUUCUGUCACUGCAGAUGAUUAUGCAAAUAAUCCAGGACUUUGUGGUGGUCCUCUGUCUCGGUGCACAGCAAAGAAGAGCUCGAGCACUAAAAUAAUUGUCGGAGCGGCAACCGGUAGCGCAACCCUCACGGCCAUAGGUGUUGUGAUCGGCAUGUUCUUUUAUCUGCGUAGAGUGUCUGUGAAGAAGAAAGACGACGAUCCUGAAGGCAAUAAGUGGGCAAAGAGCUUAAAGGGAAGCAAGGGUCUCAAGGUUUCCAUGUUCGAGAAGUCAGUUUCCAAGAUGAAACUAAGUGACCUGAUGAAGGCUACAAACAAUUUCAGCAAAAAUAGCAUAAUUGGAUCAGGAAGGACAGGGACAACGUACAAGGCCGUGCUUGAGGACAAUACUUUACUCAUGGUUAAGAGGUUGCAGGAUUCUCAACACUCUGAGAAAGAAGUGAUGUCUGAGAUUGCUACUCUGGGAAGGGUUAAGCACCGCAACUUGGUUCCGCUUUUGGGUUUUUGCAUGGCCAAAAAGGAGAGGCUUCUGGUCUACAAGUACAUGCCCAAUGGUAUUCUCCACGAUCAUCUACAUUCUCUGGAUGAUCCCAAUAAAGCUAUGGAGUGGACUUUGAGGCUCAAAAUUGGGAUUGGAGCAGCACGAGGACUGGCAUGGCUUCACCAUAACUGCAAUCCUCGUAUUAUCCACCGCAACAUAAGCUCCAAGUGCAUCCUUCUUGAUGCAGACUUUGAGCCCCAGAUAUCUGAUUUUGGGCUGGCUAGGCUCAUGAACCCAAUCGACACGCAUUUGAGUACUUUUGUCAAUGGGGAGUUCGGUGAUCUGGGAUAUGUCGCACCCGAGUAUGCUCGUACCCUAAUGGCCACCCCAAAGGGAGAUGUGUACAGCUUUGGAGUCGUGCUUCUUGAACUGGUAACUGGUGAGAGGCCCACGCAAGUUACCAAAGCACCUGAAAGCUUUAAGGGUAAUUUGGUGGAGUGGAUCACAGAGCUCUCAAACAACUCGCAACUGCAUGACGCAAUAGACAGAUUUUUGGUUGGAAAGGGAAUCGACGGCGAAGUCUUUAAAGUCCUUAAGGUCGCAUGUAGUUGUGUGUUGCCAGCUCCAAAGGAGAGGCCCACUAUGUUUGAAGUCUAUCAGCUUCUAAGGGCUAUUGGGGAACGGUACAAUUUCUCGGCCGAAAAUGAACUUAUGAUGCCCAUAGACAGCGGUGACUCAGAUUGCUUGGAGGAACUUAUUGUUGCUCGAGAAGCAAGAGACCAGAACGGUUGAGCUCCUUUGGGUGAGAGACGGUCGACUCUGCAAGCCUCCUAUGCUAGAUGUAAACUAAUAUGUGUGGUAGAAUGUUUUACUAUAUAUAUGUAUUACCCUGUAGCUGUGUAUGUCUAGGCACACCGCUUCUUGUCAUGCUGUGUGGAUAUCAUCUCCAUGUUGCUAUCGAUAGCUAUGAGUAUUUUCUGCGGAUUUGAGCCAUUAAUUUCCAAAAAUCUGACUCUCACGACAAGGCGUGUGGAGAUGCGUUAUUCGUAAAUGACUGUAGUGAUUAUCUUGUUUCUGUACACUGAAAAGAAGCUUUUGUUAUAUGUUACUUGGAAGUUCGCAGUA